AUGUUGAGCAAUCUUGUUAAUAGCUUCAAGAAUACUAUAAAUAAUGGCUUAUAGAGAGACUAAACUCUGGCUUUGCCAAACAGCUACAAAAUACCUUCAACCUAUGAUAUGUAUGACUAAGAAAAAGAAGUUGAUGAAUGGGAAUAGUUUGAUUCUCAUAAGUAUCUGAAUGUAAAUAUAGUAAAGGAAUAUACAAUGAAUUGGUCACAUUUACCUCUGCCGCCUCCAGACGUCGAUCCUAAUUAUCCAAGGUUUAAAUUCAACUCCUAUACAUUUGGUUCAAUUAAGACACAUCAUGGCCCUGAAAUAAUUGAUGAGUUAAUUGAAGAAUUGAGUGACAAAGGAUUCUCAAAAGCUUUGCAAUGGAGUGAAACUCUAGAAAAUAGUAGUAUGAUAAGGCUUUAGCAAUUUGAAAGGUAGUUGCUUGAUAAAAUCAAGAUUGAAAAUAUAUAAAAAAGCAAUCCACUAAUUAAAAUAUUAGAGGGGUAAGAUAUUUAUGAAUGCUAAAAGCCAGCAGAAAUGUUAUAAACUAAGUCUAAGGCUGGUUUUGAGAUUAUUUUGAUGUUAUUAAUGGAUGAUGAAUUCCCUGAUAGAAGGAAUAGGAGAGCUCUAUUGGACAAAACUCUGAAAUUCAUAGGAAUGGGUAGAAUAACUCAUUCAUAAUAUGACUAUAUCAACUCAAUGUUUAUUUGCUCCUCAUUAUAAAAUCAUGAAACUAUGCUAGAUGAGAUACAUCAGACUUUGAAUUUUGCUGACAUCACUACUUUAGCUAAUGAUAAGGAUUAUUAGAAAGUUACUUCCUUUGUAAAUAAGAAUAAAGCCGACACAUUUGUAAAUAACUCAAAUACCAGAUAUAAGCAGAAAGUGGAAGAUCCAGUCUAUCGAAAUGACUAAAUUUCUUACACUCCAAUAAAGCAAGGUUUAACUAUAUAGCAAUAGAAUGAUGUUCAGUUGAAUCAGACUUAAAUGUUUUCCAAUCCUAGUUCCCUUUUUGUAAUUAAGAAAAGAACUAACCUAAACUAAGUUUCAAAUCGUGAUGAUAGUGGUCUAACACAAUAUAAACUUGAGCAAGUAUUUGAAGAGAAAGUCCUUAAUGAUAACAUUUUGAAAAGCAUAGAUAACUUGAAGUUUACUAAUUCAGUUGGAAUUAAAAAUAAAGAGACAUUAUAUGAGUAGGGGAAGACUACUAUCGAUGAUGAAAAUUAUGAUUUCAAUGAGAGAGAAUAAAAUUAUUGA